UCAUUUACAUUCAUUGCUCGUCAAUAAUUCUUGGCUUGCUCUACAUUGGGGCUCUUUAUACAUAUUCGAUUAUAUCGUAAAAAAGAAAAAGUUUUGUUUUACCGAUAUUAAUAAACCGUGAAAGUAUAUCUCAACUGUUUCUGGUUUUUUUUUUUUUUUCCUUUCUUUACCUAUUGUUGUCGCUUGAGAGGGACGUGAUCCGGAUUCCUGUUGAUGUCUCUCGCGCAUACAACACAGUAGUGAAAAAAAAGAGUGAUUUGUUCGCUGAAAAAUGCGAAACUCCCAGUUGCCGUGUUAACUAAAAAGAGUGCGGAUCUCUUCGUAUUUAGGCUGAAAAAAGAACUUCAGGAUCCUUAGCCGAGAACAACAGAGAUGUCACGCGACUACGAGAGCCGUCGAAGAGGAGGCAAUGGCAGUGGAUCGAGUAAAAUGCGAAUGGACACAAAUUCAUCGCAAUCAAGACCACACGGUGAAUCAUCAUCGUCGUCGACUCGUAAUAAACGUAAGGAGAUAGACAAUGUAAUGCGAAAAGCACGUGAAUCACAAUCGAGCUAUUGGAACAAAAAACUCCUCGAGGUUGAGGAACGCGAUCCAAAUAGAUGGCGUCACAGUGGCUACAAAGAAUUGUACGUUGGAGGUGGUGGUGGUGGUGGUGGUGGAGGCGCUGUAAACGAACAAGGUAGAGGAGGAGGAGGACAUCCACGAAGUCCACGUAGUCCAAGACCAAGAAGUCCACCGCCAAGAAGUCCAAGGCCACGUAGUCCACGUCCACGAAGUCCACGGCGUAUUCCAAUGUCACCGUGUGAUCGUCCUCAUACACGUAGUGGACGAGCGGCACGUAGUCCAAGUUCAAGUAGCACAUGUUCGGAUGGCUCGUGUUCGGUUUGUUCGCCAAGGGAACGUCGUCGACCAAUGCCCACAUCAAGAUCGCGUUCGCGAUCAAUGACGCCGCCGGUAAGAUCACGAGCGCCACCCAAGGAUGUUGUGCCAUCGAGUUCGAGGGCGCCACAACAACGUGCGAGACCACGUUCACCACCUCAGCCACGUCCACGAACACCGCCAAUGGCACCGCAACCACAACGUCAUCAAAAGGAAUUCAAUAAAGUCAAAGAGAUGAAGAAACGCAAGGAUAAACCAAUUUCACGUGUUCCUGAGGAUCCAAGAAUUCCCGAUGGUAUGCCUAUGAUGCAUAAACGUAUUAAAGUGGAGAAGCACACGGGUCAUAAUGAUUCACCGCCAAUAAUUCAUCAUCCACGUGAAUCAUCGCCCAGUGAUGAUAGUGAUAGUUCCUCAAAUGCAUCACACGUUGAACCACCAAAAAUGACACUUUCCGAGAGAUUUGGCAAAAUGGCCCAAUGGAGUGUGGAUCGAAGAGAUACGGAAAAUAUGCGUAUAACAAAAGACGGUGAAAAUGCAAUGAAGGUGGUGAUCGAGGGUGAGGAGAGAAUUGCCCGUUUGGGUUAUGAUUCACCACCACCCGGACACUAUCCUGAAUCACUUCUCACACAAGGACCAAGGGGUCUUGAAUGUUGGGACGAUGUACGUGUACGUUAUGAUUAUUAUAAAGCGCGUGGUUAUCUUCGCGAUUUAAGUCUAGACGAUUACGUCAAAUGGGAAGAAUGGUGGUAUAAAUAUCAAGAAUGGUUAGAGGCCGAACGCUAUUAUGAACAGUGGGCGACAAGUCGAGCCACAGGCGGUGGUGGCGGUGGCCGUAAAAGGCGUGGACGAAGAAAUAAUGCCAAUCACUAAAAAAAAAAAAAAAUUCUAUAUAUAUAUAAAUAUA